AACCAAACUGCAGCAUUGGAAGCUGCGGCACUGGAUAAAGUCAAACACGGCCUUGUACCUGUCAGGCUGUCGCAAAGUGCCGCCGCCUCAACCGCAGCCCUUUCAUUUCGCUUUACAGGCCGCUUCCCUCCCCGGGACGGAUUUCCCAUGACCAGGACCCGCGCUGUCCACGAUGAGAGAUGAGGCUGCGGAUGCGUCUGGCGCUGCCGUGGUGGAGCAGUCUGACGUUUCCAACGCGUUGUCACCUGUCAAGUCCAAUGCCCCCAGCGCCUCGUCGACCAAGGGCCCCGCAGCGCGAUCAUGGUUGAGCAAUGUUCGGCGACCACGAACCUCACCAGGCCCACGAGCAUUCUCCCUGAAGCGCACCCUAUUGACAGAAGACGACGACCGCAGAGAUUCCGCCUUGGCACCUUCCAACAAUACCACGACAAACGAACCCCCCUCACCCACGAGCCUGCACAAGACGCCUAGCCUGCCUGCCCUGCCUGCUAUUGUUGUCCAGCAUGAAGGCUCAUCACGUAUCAACGGCCGUGCUUCAAGGCACCGAUCAUUAGACAUUGAUGAGGAGGACGACCUUGCCUUUCCCGGUCUCGACACCUUCAUCCCCACAGGCAGCUUCGACGACAUUUCCUCGGACGCGCAGAUAUCUUUCUCUAAGCGAGGUAGCAUGAUGUUGGGUGGUAAGAAGGCAAACAGGAAGAGCAGACAAAUGGAUCUGUUGGUGGAAGGCGCGCCUCAGCCGAGCACACCACCGCGCCAGAAGGAGAAGGAGCGGGAGAAGGGGCAGGAGCAGUCUAGUCCCGCGCAGCAGUCGCUGUCACCACCCACCCCAGCCACAAAACAUCUUUCGCCGCCACGGUCCAUUUCGCGUUAUUCAACAAGAGCAAGAAGCAUCAACCACCGAGUCCUGUCUUCUGAUGAGAUGACAUUGUCGCGCAAAGUGCGCUGUAUGUACAUGCAUGGCAACGAGAGCGCUGUGAAUUGGGGAAAACUGGAUGAGGAGACGGAUAGUGUUCACAACAGCUACCAAGGGGGCAACAGCGGAGUUACCAACAUACCAGGCAAUGGCUCGUCGGUGGCUGCAGAUGGCAAUGAGGAUACAAGCUCACUGAUGAGUUCAAGACUUGGAAGCGUUAUAAUCAAGGAACCGACCGAGGUAGCUGGUGGACUUGAAGAUUGGGCAGAUUUGGAUGGAGAGGUUGAUCGAUACGGUUUCAUCAUUCCGAAGAGGUCAAAAUCGAAAUCCAAUUCCGAUGGCGACGGCCCUGACGGACCCGACGAUCCCCACCUGCACCGAGUCACCACGACAUUGCAAUUGUUGUCAGCAGAGCCUAGAAGGCGCAGAUUAGGCCGAAGCAGUUCAAGAGCACCAUCAUCCCGCUCCGCAGACCCGCGAUCAGGCUCUCCUCAACGUCGACUUUCUGGCGUAUCGUCAAGACCGGCUAGGUCGCUAUUCUCCGGUCACAACUCAGACGCACGCAGCAUCCACAGGCCGUUACGGCAUGCCACCAAUCGACUACCCCACAACAGAGACCGCAGGCUAAGGGAGGAGGCCAGUGACAUGCUCAAGCUACCCCCGGGUUUGGCUGAAGUUGCAGAGCAACAGGAAGGCGGCAGAGCAGCUCAGGCCAUGAAAGCAAAGGAAAUCGCCCGAAACGACAAAUGGCGUAAGAUGGCCAAGAUUGUCAAAUCCGGCGCAGACAAGGGCGGUAUGCUGUUCGAAUUCGACACCAAAGAUCCAAAAGUUAUUUCUCGUACUUGGAAAGGCAUUCCAGAUCGCUGGAGGGCGACUGCAUGGUACUCGUUCCUCGCGGCCAGCGCCAAAGCUGAAAAGGACAGCCCGACCGAGGAAGAGCUCAUCGAGAGCUUCUACGAAUUACAGAUGGAGAGCUCUGCAGAAGACGUGCAAAUCGACGUCGAUGUACCACGGACCAUCAACAGACACAUCAUGUUUCGACGGCGGUAUCGUGGUGGACAACGAAUGCUUUUCCGUGUACUUCAUGCCAUGUCACUUUACUUACCUGAGACGGGCUACGUUCAAGGCAUGGCUUCUGUCACGGCAACACUCCUUUGCUAUUAUGAAGAGGACAGGGCGUUUGUCAUGCUAGUUCGGCUAUGGCAGCUUCGGGGCAUGGAGAGGCUUUAUGAGGCUGGUUUCGAAGGCCUUAUGGAGGCUCUAGACGACUUUGAGCUGAAUUGGUUGCGCGGGGGAGAUGUUGCAAAGAAACUAAAUGAACUCGGCAUCACCUCUACCGCAUACGGUACCCGAUGGUACUUGACCCUCUUCAACUAUUCCCUCCCGUUCCCGGCUCAACUACGCGUCUGGGACGUAUUCAUGCUUCUGGGCGAUAAGUCGCGGUCCAGUUCGCCGACGUCAAAGUUCAACGGCGACAUGGACGUGUUGCAUGCGACAUCAGCUGCACUGAUCAAUGCAACGCGAGAGAUUCUUCUCGACUCUGACUUUGAAAACGCGAUGAAGGUGUUGACGUCUUGGAUACCCAUCAAGGACGAAGAGCUGUUGAUGCGCGUGGCUAAAGCAGAAUAUAAAUUGCGCAAGAAGCGAGGCAAUACUUGA